AUGUUAACAAUAGGAGAUAAAAUCAGUACUUCGAGUAAAUUAUUGGCCCUGAAUCCAUUUAUUGGUACCGACGGUCUAAUUAGAGUAGGAGGCAGGUUAGUAAAUGCCGAUAUAGAUUUUGCCAAGAAACAUCCUAUUCUAUUGGACACAAGGCAUCAUGUGACUUUAUUAUUGCUACAAGAGGAGCAUGUGAGACUGAUGCAUUGUGGACCAAAUCAACUUCUAUAUUCGUUAAGAGAAAAAUAUUGGCCUAUAGCAGGACGCAGACUAGCGCGAUCUGUUGUAAAAGGCUGCAUUACUUGUCGUAAGGCCCAGCCAAUGGGAUGCAAAUAUUUAAUGGGAAAUCUUCCUUCAGAAAGAGUCAACAAAUAUAUUCCUUUCACAAAUGUUGGAUUAGAUUAUGCCGGACCCAUUCUCAUUAAAGAUAGAAAAUUACGAGGGGCAAAAUUAAUAAAAGGGUACAUUUGUUUGUUCAUUUGUAUGAGUACAAAGUGUGUCCACCUAGAGUUGCUUACCGACUUAUCAUCUGAAGCAUUCUUGGCAAUGUUCAAGAGAUUCAUUGGAAGACGAGGUCGACCAUCUCAUUUAUUCUCCGAUAAUGGGACUUCUUUCAUAGGAGCCAAUAAUGAUUUGAAAGGGUUCAUAGAAGCUUAUUCGACUCCUAUAGCUGCUGCACAUACUAACGAAAAUAUAACUUGGCAUUUCAUUCCCCCUAGGGCCCCUAAUUUCGGCGGUCUCUGGGAGUCCAAUAUAAAACAAGUUAAAUAUUAUUUGAAAAGAAUAUUGAAAAAUACUAGCUUAACGUAUGAAGAUAUGAUGACAGUUUUGAUACAAAUAGAAGGUAUACUUAACUCUCGUCCCCUUUGUCCCUUAUCAUCUGAUCCUUCCGAUUUUAAUCGAUGUUUUGAUGAUUGCCACAUGAGUAGACGUAUUUCCGAGUUCUCUUCAAGAUUUAUCGAAUAA